AUGGUUUCGCAAAGCGAGAAACGUCUGUCAUGGCAUCCCCGCCACGACAACAGAUUUGCUGUCGGAGGGGGAUCUCAAAUAACUUUGUAUGAAUGGCUGCCAGAGUCUUCGGAAAUUAAGCAAGUCACCGCACAGACUGACUUACCACUGAUGAAGUGCUUUGCUUGGUCCCCGGACCCACUUAUUGACGACCUGGUGGCCGUUGGAACCAGUAGUGGAAAAGUGGAUCUCAUGCGGCUAGAGGCGACAAAGUCUUCUCGCGACCAAGUGCUCUCAAGUGGUCCUACUGUCACAUUACCCGUGCGAAAUUCACGACCUUGCAAUGCGCUUGCUUUCUCUGAUGUCGAACCUAACUAUCUCGCCGUCGGACUUGACAAGGUCAGAGACCCCAGCUUAUGCAUUUGGGAUAUACACGCAGCAAGGUCCCACCUCUUGCAGCAUCCCACAGACCCUACAGUGCAAGUGACCGCCCCUGUAAAUCCUCCGCGUUCGAGCUCCCAAAUACACAUACCACGAGGCGAAAUCCCUCCUCGCACAGACCAGCGCAUCCUGCAAGUGUACGCUCCCGCAGAAUCUGUGUCAUCUAUUGCCUUCCUUCCAUCGUCUCCAACUUCAUUGGUUUCCGCACUAUCGCAUCGGUGGCUUCGUCUCUUCGACUUGCGUAAUCCCUCAAGUAAUCAUCUCAGCGUGGCGGCCAAAGUUCACGGUAUCGCAACCGACCCAUUCGUGCCACACCGGCUUGGCUGCUUCGACGAUGGCGUGGCGACCAUAUGGGACGCUCGCCGGCUCACCCAGCCACUCCUUACUUUCACAGAGAAGGACGCGGGUGCAGAUGGUGCUCGUGUACGAGCCGGCGCGGCCAUCACCAAGAUGGAGUUCUCCAACACCCGACGAGGCGUAUUGGCCAUUCUAGAGAAGGAUGCUUCUUAUGUGCGGUUCUGGGACUUGCAACAGUCCGAAAUAGUCGAAGUGACCUCUUCAGAGAGGACGAGGUCGCGGGAUUCCUCUCAGUCUGGCAAGGCGACUCGAUCGUGGGCAGACUCCAUCCUUCCCUGGUCUGGUACGAGCGUCAACUCUAGCCAAUCACACGUGCCAGCUCCCGGAGAAACUGUUGUCCCAUACAACCUCGUAUUAUCGGACACACGGAAGACGAAGAACUUUACUGCCCAACUUGCUUCUUUCGCACUUGUUCCCAGCGCGGAGACACAUCCGCUUACAUCAAACAUAAUGGUCGUCGACAAGAACGGAGACCUUGAGCUGUACGCCGUACAUGACGCACCCAAGUCCACGCCUUGGAGCGCCCGCGGUGAACUGGCCGUAGCGCUUGGGCCUUCAUAUAGAAUCUUCCCCGGCUUCCACGAAGAAGAACCCCCGCGACAACCAUGGGAGAUCCCGAUGCUACAGUCCCUCCCUGGAUCAAAGGCGCAUUCGCUAGACAGACGCCACUCAAGGGAGGCGUCUGUCGCGCGUGGACGUUCUGCCCGCUCUGAGAGGAGUCCGGCCCCACUCUUUGGCCGUGGUGAUGAUGACGGGUUUCCUGCGCUCCCCGCCCGAUCGUUGGCAAAUCUAGCUGCCUCCAGGCCGGGAAGGAGCAGGACGUUCAGCCCGGCGGCGCUGCGGAAUCUUCAAUUUGAACACUCCGCAAUGCCAAAGCGCGGGAAUCCCAAGAGUUCUGUGAUUCAGAAUAACAGGAGAAAUCUUGACGCACUAUCUCUCAACGGAGGACACCAGAAACACAGGCGUCUUUAUUCGCGCCAUGGUCGAGAGACGUCAGCCGUAAAAGCCACUUCAACAGACCAGAGUCUUCAACUCCUCGUGGAAGCCGAUAUCUCAAUGACAAUGAGACGACGAGUCGUGCACGGGUACGGCCUCAUGAAUCCGUUGCACAACGCGUUGGUUGUGAGUCGUAUGUCGACAGAUGACUACCCCUUAGCGGAGUUCUGGCGCUGGAUAGACCACUCUCAGCGAGUACUGUCGGAUCCAUCCUCUCGUAUAGAUGGUUACAAUUUCGCCUGCCAAGGAAUUCUAGGCAUCUGGGAAGGCUUCCAAUCUAUAAUGCCGAACACUCCCAUUCAGGCCUUGUCGCCGCUCCCAGUUGACCUGACGUCUAUGCAGCCUUCGCGGCGAAGCAGCCGUCGAAGAGCACACGCUACUGGUGCAUCCGAUGACUUCUUGACUGCAUUGAAUGAGAUCAAUGUACGAAACGGGAUCGAUCCCGGAUCUUGGAAACCAGCGGCUACAACGGCCAGGCUGCCCCAGAGACAGCUUGCACUGAAGUUGUGCGGGUGGAGUCUAGCUGAGAACGAUUUGAAAAACGCGCUCAAACGAUGGGAGAAGGAGCAUAGAUAUUCACAGGCUGCAUGCUGGCUUGUGUUUACUGGCCAGCCUAAGCGUGGCGUAGAACUUCUCAUGCGGAGCAACAACGAAUCAUUGCACAUGAUGUCGGGUAUGCUUGCCGCAUUGGCUCCGUCAAAUAGUACCUCCCCGCGGAACCAUGAGCUCGCCGAGCAUUGUGAACGUCUCAUUAUCCGCAUGCAGGACCCAUAUCUCCGCGCCAUGCUGACAUACCUGACCGCUGGUGACUGGUCAGAGGUUCUCCAGGAAGAGGCAUUGCCGCUUCGUGAACGGCUUGCAAUCGCCUUCCAGUUCUUGGAUGACAAAGACUUGUCAUCAUACCUGCACCGCGUCACAGACCGCUUUUCGCAUGACGGCGAUAUUGAAGGGCUCAUUGUGACUGGCAUAACUGCAUCUGGUAUGGAUGUUCUACAGGCCUAUGUAGACUCUACGGGAGACGUUCAAACCGCAGCUAUCGUGUCAUCCCUGUCGCCCACUCUAACGCACGACAUACGCCAUCAGCGGUGGCUGGACGCAUAUCGCGACCUAUUGGACGGUUGGAAAUUGUUCCAUUAUCGAUGUCAGUUAGAUAUCGACCGUGGUGUGCUCCUCCAAGACGCCGUUCAAAGCACAGAGAUGGCUCCCUUUGAAUGGGCUCCCCGUCAGAUUUUACUUCGCUGCAAUUACUGCAACAAGCCGAUGGAUCCACCAUAUACGGAAAAUACGGCGCUACGGCCGACAGCUUGCCCACAUUGUGGUCGCCCUUUGCCUCGUUGCGUCGUGUGCUUGAUGACACUGAGCAUCGUACAGGACCCUACGAGAGUUUCUACCACAGUUAGCUCACAUACUGAAGACACCAUUGACGAGGCGCUUGUUUUUUGUCAGACAUGUCGUCAUGGGGGACAUGCGUCACAUAUCUUGCAGUGGUUCUACGGAGAGGAUGGACGCCGCUCACAUGGGACAUGCCCAGUUGCAGGCUGCGAGUGCCGAUGUGCCGAUGAGUUUUGUUAGAUUUCUUUGGCGAUGAACAUGCAUAUCAGU